AUGCUGGCUGCACUCAACCCUGGAGGCAAACCUUUGUGCUGCGACGCCACCCUGGUUUCGCCCCUGCGGCGAGACGGCAGCCCGAUUAGCGGGGCGCCGGGGCGCGAUGGCGUCGUCCUGGCGGCAGCGCGGCGGCGCAAACUAGCCCAGUACCGCGAGCUCAACCGCGGAGGGGCCCAGCGCUUGUGCGUCCUUGCGACCGAAGUCGGAGUCGGAGGGAGGUGGAGCGCGGAUUGCGAGUCCCUCCUACGACGGUUCGUCGACGGUUCGUCCGGCUGCGCGCUGCACGUGCGCCACCCGCAGUCCGCGCGGAGCCGCCGCGCAAGGCUGGGCGUCCUCGCCGUGGCCGUGCAACGCGCCGUCUGCAUCGCCGUUCUGGGAAGGUGGACGAUGCCUGCCCUCCCCGUCCCCUUGGCGGACAUCCAGGCCCGCUGCCCUGAUGCGGCACGGACCUGCGCUCAGGCCUUGGAGCAGGCCCGGGACGACACUGCACCCUGCCUCCGCAGCGCCGCGGGUGCUAGAGCAGUCCUCCAAGCCGAAGGAUGGGCUGACUGCCCUUCUUGGUCGGCACUGGCGGCUGGUGCCCGCCCGACUGCCCCGGAUGCGGACGAAGAAGCACGUGCUCGUACAUGUUUAGACAUCAUCAUGUUCCAUGACACGACAACACUGUUCCAUGACACGACACUACUUUACCAUGAUGCCGCAGCUUUGUUCCAUGACACACAGUUCUUUGAGUACCACGUGUAG